CGGUUAUCGCUUUAGGAAAAUAGGUAGGAAGGUACCUUAAUACAGGGCAGGUACGUAUGUAUACGUAGGUACACGUAGUGGAAUAAGUGAAAUAAUAUUUGGAGUUCCUCUUUAAAACAAACAUCAAUCUGUGUCGAGUGUUGACUCAUCUCAAUCCUUCUAUAAAGAGUCAAUAUACCGACCUCCACUACGAAUAACUUCCUUGACCAAUUGACCUAGCUCGGAAAUAAUGGAGGCCCUCAAACAGACGUUUAAGCGCUGCAAGGCAGAGAACCGCGCUGCUCUUGUGACCUAUGUCACAGCUGGCUAUCCCAAGUCAGAGGAUACACCCGAUAUAUUAAUAGGAAUGCAAAAAGGUGGCGCUGAUGUCCUCGAGCUCGGCGUACCAUUCACAGAUCCCAUAGCAGACGGUCCAACCAUUCAGACAUCGAAUACAGUUGCCCUAGCAAAUGGCGUUACUAUUAAGUCUACUUUAGAGAUGGUCCGCGAGGCUCGGUCGAGGGGUCUGACUGCCCCGGUUCUACUGAUGGGUUACUAUAACCCCCUACUUAGCUAUGGCGAGGAUGAAUUGUUGCGGGAUUGCAAAACCGCGGGCGUUAAUGGUUUUAUCGUCUGCGACUUACCUCCUGAGGAGGCCAUCUCCUUCCGAAAAUUGUGUAGCAGAGGUGCAUUGUCAUAUGUUCCCUUAAUCGCGCCUGCGACGUCCGACACCCGUAUGCGCCUUCUAUGCGCCCUAGCGGAUUCUUUUAUCUACGUUGUCUCCCGUAUGGGUGUCACCGGCGCACUAGGUACCCUUAACGCCAACCUGCCGAAUCUUCUCGAGAGGGUGAAAAAGUACAGUGGCGACAAGCCGGCGGCUGUCGGUUUUGGUGUCUCGACGCACGAACAUUUCCAAUCCGUGGCUUCCAUCGCCGACGGCGUCGUUAUAGGUUCUCAGAUCGUUACAACUCUGCAAAAGGCUGAACCUGGCACUGGCGCUAAGGCUGUUGAGGAGUACUGCGCCUACGUAAGCGGGCGAAACACACAAGACACGACGCGGGAAGUGGGCGUCAUCGAAGCUAUUAGUGUCGCUAAAGAGCCCAGUGGCGAAGAUGUCACGGUCAACGGGGUCGUUUCAGAGCAUGACGAUGCCGCGUUGGUUGCUCAAUUAGCUGCUCUUCAUGGAAAAAUUCCCGAGAGGUUUGGCGAGUUCGGUGGCCAAUAUGUACCAGAGUCGCUUAUGGACUGUUUGUCUCAGUUAGAAGAAGGCUUCAACGCCAUCAAAGACGACCCCAAAUUUUGGGAGGAGUAUAGAUCUUACUACCCCUGGAUGGGAAGGCCGGGCCAGUUGCAUCUAGCCGAGCGUCUGACGGAACACGCUGGCGGCGCCAAUAUCUGGUUGAAGAGAGAAGAUUUGAACCAUACUGGGUCCCAUAAGAUCAACAAUGCGUUAGGACAGCUUCUAUUGGCGAAGCGGUUGGGUAAAACUAAGAUUAUCGCUGAGACGGGUGCUGGCCAACAUGGUGUGGCUACGGCCACGGUCUGUGCCAAAUUUGGCAUGGAGUGUACAGUUUUCAUGGGUGCUGAAGAUGUCAGGCGUCAGGCAUUAAACGUCUUCCGAAUGCGGCUGCUAGGAGCCAAGGUUAUUGCAGUCGAAGCCGGCAGUAAGACUUUACGAGACGCCGUUAACGAAGCUCUUCGCUACUGGGUUGUCCAUCUCGAUGACACCCACUAUAUCAUUGGAUCUGCUAUUGGCCCCCAUCCCUUCCCUACCAUUGUUAGGACCUUCCAAUCGGUCAUUGGUACCGAGACCAAGGCGCAAAUGCUAGAGAAACGGGGUAAGCUACCCGAUGCGGUAGUGGCUUGCGUCGGUGGGGGUAGUAAUGCCGUUGGCAUGUUUUACCCUUUUUCAAACGACCUUAGCGUCAAGUUGUUGGGUGUCGAAGCUGGUGGGGAUGGUGUUAACACCACGCGGCACUCGGCUACGUUAACGGGUGGUACGAAGGGUGUCCUCCACGGCGUUAGGACGUAUGUGUUACAAAAUGAGCAUGGGCAAAUAUCAGACACGCACUCAGUAUCUGCUGGACUCGACUACCCAGGUGUUGGCCCCGAACUUUCAUCUUGGAAGGAUUCGGAACGGGCUAAGUUCAUCGCGGCUACUGACGCAGAAGCGUUUGUUGGUUUUAAACUUAUGAGUCAGCUAGAGGGCAUCAUUCCUGCGCUUGAGUCUGCGCAUGGUAUUUAUGGCGCUCUUGAGCUAGCCAAGACGAUGAAGAAGGAUGAAGAUGUAGUCAUCUGCCUCAGUGGUAGGGGAGAUAAGGACGUACAGAGCGUUGCCGAUGAGUUACCCAAGUUGGGUCCUCAGAUCGGAUGGGAUUUGCGUUUUUAAAGAGACGGGGAUAUCUACCCGUUGGGUCCAUACGACUGAAUCUGUCUUGGACCUGCUGGACUCGGAGUUGGCGCAAACGAGAGAAAAAAAAAGUAGAAAAUGAUAUAAUACAUGGCAUUUGUUAGC